AUGGCGACACAGUUGUCACCAUCAAGACCCGAACUAGCCAUGAGGGAGUUCUUUGGAGAUCGCAAACCCCCCGACAUCAGUCGCAAGAUAACAGCGUGUGUGGCUUGCCGCAAGCUAAAGAUAAAAUGCCAUAUGCAAGAUUUGAAGCCACCCUGUGCCCGAUGCAAGAAGCGAGGACUCUCGUGCACUGUCAAUCGCAGUUUACAGAUGGUCUUGGAAGGUGAUGCAAUAUGGAAGAAUGCCAUGGAGCAGAAACUAGUGCUUGUACAAGAAACAAUCAAUAAAAUUGCGAACAGGAUGAUGCUGUCCGAGGUACUAGAUGCCAUGCCGAAAGAUAACGAAAAGGUUGGAAUAGCCGACGAAUCCCUAUUCCCUCGGGUUGAAGACGGUGAUGAGUUGAUUGAUCCGCCAACAUCUCAACCAGCAUGGGAGGUGAUAAUGGAUGCGAAAUGUAGCCCUGCAGCAAUUCCUGCUACCUGUAUCUCGGCAGUCUCAAAGCAACCUCCGCCAGACCUACCAGCCCUCAAUUCCCAUCCAUCAGACCUGAUUAGUCGAGGCACAAUAUCUCUGUCCAGUGCUGAACGCUUCUUUUCAAUAUACCACGGUCGUCUCGAUCAUUUUAUUUACCGAGUUCUCAUCGAUAGGGAUUCACUUUCUAGUAUCCGUGCUCAUUCUUCACUACUUACAGCAGCCAUUUGCGCGGUGGGUUCCCUACAUGCCGCCUCCCCUGAAUACCAAAUAUGCUACAAGGAGUUCAUAAAUGAAUAUUCCACUCAAAUGACUUCCAACAGACAUACAAUAGAUGAUGUCCGUGGACUAUGCAUUGCAGCAUUUUGGUUGAGUGGUAUGUCUUGGGCUCUUGCAGGAGCUGCGGUUAGAAUGGCGACUGAGCUUCAUUUGCAUCAGGGUGUUACUAAAAGCAUUCAUCGGUGUGUCAACAAAACACCACAGGAAAAGAAAACGUGUUAUUUGCGCACUCGUCUCUACCUCCUUGUCUACGUAUGCGACCAUCACUUCUCAGUCGUACAUGGGAGACCGCCAAUGACUCGUGAGUUUAUGGGACUGAGCACUCUCCGGUCCUUUUUAGAACUAGACUCCACCAACGAAGAUGAUGUACGGCUUGUGAGUCAGGUAGAACUUUGGUCGAUUAAUAGUCGAAUAUACGAUACCUUUGGCAUUAAUACAGACACACCGAUUCCACUAAGUUCGUUAUCUGAGUUUCGAUGUCUGGGGGUGGCCCUCGAAAGCUGGCGAACCACCUAUAGUGAGAAAUUCUCAUUCAACAGUCACGUUGGUAACUAUCCAAAGAUUGGUGUGGGACUUCAUUUCCAUUUUGCAAAACUUUACCUAUGCACUCAUGCAUUUCGAGGGGCUUCGAAGCCUGACAAGGUCACAGUAUCCCCUGAAAUGGAUGAAUUCGCCGACACAGCCGUGUAUUCUGCUAGCUACAUUCUUCGCACACUGGUGGGAAACCAGGAGGGUCGGUCGUAUCUUGAUGGCUUGCCAACCUACUUUGAUACCAUGGUCGCUUUCGCAGUCGUAUUCCUGUUGAAAAUGACUAUCAAAAGCCCCAUUGAUAUUAGGAUUGACAAGCCGGAGACUAUGAAGCUGCUGAGCCAAGUUGCUGCAGUUCUGAGCGAUGUGACCUCGCAUAUGCACUCCCAGCAUGUGCUUUCAGACAUAUCUAUAAGUGUCACAAAGCUUGUCGGGCGGUUCCAGAACUCUACUUCUCAAAGUACGAGUAAUCUGGCGGAUAACUCUCCGGUGACCACUUUUGAAUUAUGCCAAGUAGAUGGAGAUUGGCUUGGUCCUGAAGAUUCCACAUUCCUUGGGAACUACGAUUUACUGUUCCUUCAGGAUGGUGCCUUUGGCUUAGAAAUUGAUCAAUUGGAGUAA